AUGGCUGAAAAACGAGCAGGUAGUGUAUCCUGCCAUUUACCUUGUAGUACACCAUCAGUAGCCAUUUGUGUCGCUUGUAAUCACCAUUUUUGUUGGAAUCACUUUUGUGAACAUCGUCAAAUCUAUGAGAAAUAUCUUGAUGAUGCUCGUAAUAAUCGAGAAUCUUUAUCGAAAUGUUUGAUGGAAGUUGAAGAUGUUGCAAAUAGGCUUCGGGUGAGUAUCGAUAAUUGUGAACGCCAAGGAAUUGAAGAUAUUCGCCAAUCAGCUGAUGAUGUAAGAAAAACACUGGAAAAUCAUAUAAAAAAUUGCCAAUCCCAUUUUGAAGAAGAAUCCUUGACUAUAAUGGAUCAUAUGUCAACAAAUCAAAAUGUUCAAUCGAUUCAACUGGAAAAAUUACAAAAUGAGUAUCGUCAUGCAUUGGAAAGUAUACAUAUCGUGCAACAUUUCGAUCGAAGACGUUCAUUAGAUAUUGAAACGACAAAUCCAACGAAAGAAACCUUCUCGUCAGAAUCAUGGAAGAAUGUAAUACCGUUUUGCAAUCCUGACAUGCCCAAGACAAGAUUAGGAAAACGACUUGUUGAAAGUCCUCUAGCCGAAAGCUCUGUAGGUAAUUAUUGGGCAAUAGGUGCCUCAGAUGAAUAUUUACUCGCACAAGAAUAUGAAAACAAGCAAUUGACAUUUUUCGAUCGCCAUGGUAAACGUGACAUUUCGAUGACUUGGCAUGAUGAUGUAGUGGUUCGUGACAUUCAAUGGAAUGAGGAUCUUCGGCAAUUUUUUAUUUUACUCGAUAGAAAACUCAUCCUUUUCGAUCCGGUAACAAGACUUUUUCAAGAAAUCACUCGUAUUACGCCAUAUCAAACGAACACCUUUCGUCGAUGUACUUGCAGAAAUGAUCGUCUAUUUAUUUCGUAUUGGUGUCAAGAGAGUGCCGUCGAAUUGAUUCAAAUUAGUUCAUGGAAUCUUCAACAGCGAUGGUGGAGUCCUGUAACGUGUUGCGCAAAUGAAUUCAUCACAUGUAUACAGUUGAAUUCAAAAAAUCAACUGGCUUUGAGCAUUCAAGAUGAAAAUAAUCCGCUUAAUCGGCGAUGCCGAUUUGAACUUCGCGAUCUUACUCUGAAUUCUCUACGUGUUGUUUCUCUCGAUACGGACUUGGGUAUUUUUUCACGUAUGGCUCCGUUGCCAGAUGAUUAUUGGGCUUUAUUGAAUGUCGAUAACAAUCUAGUUUUUAUUCUCGAUGAACAAGGUGGCGUGCUAGAUAAAAUUGGCCUUUUUCAUGGGCCAUUACACAAUAUUGCUUUGAUCGGUAAACAUACUAUUGUGAUUCGUGCUGUCAAGAAACUACUCUUUUACGACAUAGAAUUUCGUGAAGAACGACCACGGUAG